UUUUUUUGUUCUCUGAAUAUCACAUACAGAAUGUCAUAGCUGUGUCACAUAGCUCUGUUGCUACUUGUGUGCAUAUUUAUUAAGGUAUUCUUGUCCUCUAGGGGACAUUUUCGAUAGUCCUGAUGGCUGUCGUAGACAGCUGCUACAGGUUUGUCCUGAUUGAUGUUGGCGCUGAGGGACGACAAAGUGAUUCUGGAGUGUUCAAGGCAUCUCCAAUUGGCCACCACCUUGAAAGCGGCACCUUGGACACCCCAGGGUUGAAGAAACUGCCUGGAAGCGACCUGGUGACUCCCCACGUGUUUAUUGGUGAUGAGGCGUUCCAACUGCGACCUGAUUUUCUGAGGCCCUACCCAGGCCUCGGCCUGCCUACAGAAAAGAGGGUCUUCAACUUACGGUUGAGCCGUGCCAGGAACUGCGUUGAAAACGCAUUCGGCAUUCUCUGCGCACGGUGGAGGAUCCUGUUGAGGACCAUCAACUUAAUACCAGAAAAUGCAGAUGGUGUUGUAAAGGCAGCUUGUGUGCUUCACAAUUUCCUGAGCACUCACAACAAUGACACUGUGGGCUAUGGUGACAAUCAGGAUGUCUACAGCAACAUUACUGAAGGAAGAUGGCAUCAGGAGCUGGAGGGUUGUUCAAUGUUGCCUUCUCUGCAUCGCACCCAUGCAAGAAACUUCAGCAGGGAUGCCGCUGCAAGCAGGGAAGCAUUUACUAAAUACUUCUGUAGUCCAGCUGGGGAGUUGUCAUGGCAGUGGGCAAGGGUACAACCACAGUGAAGGGCAGUUUCUUCAUGAAAGAUGUGCAUUAGGAUUGUCACCUCUCCGGAUUUCACCCGAACAGUUAUGGAAUUGAAGUCUUGCUUUUUGUGUCUGGGUGAAGGUGAAAUGCAUACAGUGGACAGGUGCGCAGCUCCCCAUAGAGUGCAUAGUUUGAGAUAGCUCACACAGAACUGGGCACAAUGUAAAUGAAAUUGAUAGGACCAAUAAAAAUGCAACGUUAUGCAUUCCAGCUGGCCAAAAAGGGGUUGUGACAGGUCAUCCCAGGUUAUCCCAGAUAAACAUAAAAAAUUGUUAUUUGCACUGAUGUGAACCUGCACUGAAAGAAUAGAAGCAUAGAAGCAAAGAAAAUAGGCACCGCGGAUACCAAGGCGUAUGUGCCUCUCUCAUCACAGACCUCACUGCCGCCAGUGAGGUAGCGCACAAGAAGUCACGUGCUUACAGCUGCCCAUAAAAAUCCAUGCAACUCUGAGGUCUGAGACGUCUGCGCUUAGCUCGGCGGUGUGCUUGAGGGCUUGUAUCUCACUAGGUACGGCACAUAGAAGAAUAACUUUUUCCCCUUUGUAUUUAGCUGCAGUGCAAUGUGUCCACGACGUAAUGAACCACAUCUAUGCAAGUGUCUCAACCCCGUGAAUGCUUAUCUAGGCUUUCGGCGUGACCAGGCUGUCCUGGCUUUCUGUAGUCUGAGGUAACUAAAACAACGUUUGGGUACAGAAAAAAAACUUUUGAUACAUCGUAUUAAUUCAAAUGCAAAGCCCACUGCGUUGCCCCCCCCCCCCCAUGUCAUGGGCUGAUGGAGAAGGUGGCAACCCUAAUGUACAUAUGAAUAGUGACUCCUUUUGUUACAUGAAAACAAAUGUGAAUGGUUAUAGGCUGUGAAUAUGGCUGUGUUGGACUUUAUGUUUUGUAUAGUACUAUUGUAUAAAUUUUGUGUGUUGUGGGGGUUGUUCCAAAAACGUCGCUUGAUGAAUUAUUCGUGAAUAGACGCUGCUGUUGAAAUCCUUUUCCAUAGAAAGCUCUCAGUUUAAACUGUUCCCUCCCUUUUUGUUGUGUGUCAUCAACUGCAUCUUUCAAAGUACCCAGUCUACUGUAUAUGAAGUUCAUCAGUAAUGUUAGAUUGGUUAUUCAUUAUUGUCAAAUGGUAAAACAAGGUAUUGUUGUACAACAUUGAGAUAUGUUUAUUGCAAAGUCAUUUCUUCAUGGAGAAACUCGAGCAGGUAGCAUGUUAAGCUAUAUAAUGUUAUUGCCAGCAGCAAUGCUGCUUGCAUGUGCUUUCCCACAGGAUUUCCACCUGCAAAAAUAGCAUCGGUGCUGCCACGUACAGCUUUUUUCUAUCUGUACAGGAGGGAAAUUACAGUGUAUAUGUACAUAUUCCUAUACCAUAUACAUACACAGUGCUCUAGAUAUGUUGCAUAGGUGACCAGCAGCUCGAACCUUUUUUUUUUUAACACAUAGCGGUAAUACUCUCCACUUAUUGUGAUGCAUCAUUGACUGUG